UUCCAACAGAUAAGUUGAAUAAUGACUACUGCUGUCACUCUUCUUCUGUCCAGUCAGUAAAAUCCAUUUGCUUAAUUGGUCACAAUGGUCCUUUGCUGAGUCAGCCCUGUUUCACUGCACGUCAUUGCAUUAACAGGUUGUCACUAUAUUAGGAAGGCAAUAAAAUGUGUUCGAAUCAAGAGGAUGCAAUAAAGAGAUGCAGCUGAAAGAAAAAGUUAUAACUCACUUUAAUGCAGUGCUUACACUCAAAGAGACCACCAGGGGGAGCCAGACUUACAUACAUGUUUGGCUGCAGAGCUCUUUGGAGAAUGAUUGCAUCAUUUGUGCUGAACCUUUUUGUAAAUAGUAAAGUUAAUAUGUUCUCAUUGGCUUCUUUGUAACGAGCAGAAGAAUAUCCAAUCAUUCUGAUGUGUUUUUGGAAAAACUGCAUCGUUUCAAACCUCGUCAGAUUCGUUGUUCAUAAAAUUAAACGUCUGAAGAGCUGCCUCCAUUCAUGUCUUUCUCUUGGGGCGAUGCCGCCCUUUGUGACUAUCUGCUGAAGACCUCAUUUAGUCGCUUCCAAUUUGACGAGACUCCCAGGAAAAGGUUACUGUGCAAGAUUUCUGCUGUUUAUUCUUGCAAUCUUCUUCAUGCUGUGCUAAAAGUAUUUUCAAACUUUAUGGAGAAAGAAUCGCGCGUGUGUUUUCUGAAUCAAAGGAAAUCUCUUAUUCACUGCAAAAGAUGAACUCUGGAAAAUUUAAACAAGAGAAAAAAUGAAUUCAGCUGAAUUUUGACUGAAUAAUGUCUAUCACUCAUCAAAUACUGCUCAAACAUUUCUGAAACAUCCUGCAUCAGUAAAUGCAUCCCCAGAAGGAAUGCUAUUACUAUCAGUUUAAUCGUUGUGUAUCUUGGGAAAAUAAAUUUCAAACUUACUUAUUGUAGUAAAGUCCAGGGCCGAACCAAGGCUCGGUGAGGCCUUGAGCAGAACUCGAUUUCAGUCGCAUCACAUAAGCCACCAAACCACCACAAACACCUCUUUUAAACUGCAUAUUCUUGUUAUGUUGCGCAAUACCUUAACACAACAAAUUGUAUACUUAAAUGGUAAAUAAAGACCAGUUUCCUGCCAGAAUGAGUCUCUUUAUAGCAUUGCUUGUGGGCAAUAUAUCUUACACAGUUGGUAUUUAUUUCCAUUUAAAUUGAUUGUGUGCCAUCAUAACAGCCAACAGCACAUAAAUAAAUAGUUGUGUUAGAAGAUUUCUGGGAAAAUGAUGCAGUGUUGCAGCUCUUUGACUUCUUUUCAGAGCCCAGCUUUAAUGAUCAAAACUUCAACAUCUGGAAGUAGCUGUGGCCCAAUUAAUGUUGGAAAUGCACCUCUGUUUGAUCAGCAUGAUGCAAUUCUGUAUCAUCAACAAAAAUUAAUUAUGUCUUGUUCCACUGUGCAAUGCAAAAGAUGUCACCAAAAAUACAUAAUAAGCAGGCACAGCGUGAGAUGUACAAGUCAUCUAUGAUUUUGGAAAUCAAUUAUAAAAUUGAGCAUCAAAAACGUUUAGAGCUUGAAGUGGGCCUUUUUGUAAAUUAACUAAGUUUUCUUUAAAAAUUAAAAUGCUUUGUUUGUCCACAUAUUCACUUGACUAGUUUGAUGUUUGUGACAAAAUCAUUUUAAAAAAAUGGUUUGCAAGCCAUGCAGAAAGGCACAACCAACUGCAGAUUUUAAGGGAUAGAGUGGUGAUUUACUACAGCUGGAGAAAACAGUUCAUGCUUUAAAUGCCAUUUUAUUCCUAAAAUCAAUUUAAUUUUGUUUCAUGAUAAUAAAAACUUUUGCAUUCUCUCUUCACUUGCAGAGAAUGUACAUUUGAUGGGAGCUAGAGGAUGCUUUCUUUACUCUGACAAUCAAACAACCCAGAGAAAAGAUGAAAGAAAAGCCCAUCCAAAGGAUAAAAGAGCAUGUGACUGACGCAGGAAGACCACAAGAAGACAGCGAGAGGACACGGCUGUUUAAUUCAAGGAUGCAUGGAAGAAAUCUGGGCUUCCGUCUGUUCCAGGCGAACUAAGGACAGCAUGUUAUUAUGGACACGCUGUCAAUAUCAGAGUUAUUUACUCUCACCUGGCAACAGCGCUCUAAAAUGGAGCAGCUUCAGCUCCCUCACCGAGGAAAAGCACACUGUCAAGGUCCAUUGGUACCAGUCCUCACUUCUCUUCAACGGAGAAAUAUCAGACCAGUGCACCGACAGACAGGAGGCCAUGGAGGCUAACUGCAGUCGUCCAACAGGAAGCACGCCGCCUUCCACAUCUGCAGAGCAACCUGAGGGGCGGAUUUAUGAGGUAGCAGUGCAGAGCAACUCCACCAACCGCACCUCACAGUUUGCAGAUGUGGCCCUGCUGCAGACGUUCAAGCCUCUCAUCAUCCCUUGUUACGUGCUCGUGGUUGUUGUGGGCGUCGUCGGGAACUACCUGCUCCUCUAUGUCAUCUGCCGAACCCGCAAGAUGCACAACGUCACCAACUUCUUCAUCGGGAACCUGGCUUUCUCAGACAUGCUCAUGUGUGUGACGUGCGUCCCCUUCACUCUCGCCUAUGCCUUCAAUCCACACGGCUGGGUCUUCGGCCGCUCUAUGUGCUACUUGGUCUUCCUCAUCCAACCUGUCACUGUAUACGUUUCCGUUUUCACGCUCACAGCUAUUGCUGUGGACAGAUAUUACGCCACGGUUCACCCACUGAAGAAGCGAACCACUGUGGCCACUUGUGCCUACGUCCUGAUCGGGAUCUGGCUGCUGUCCUGCGGCCUGGUGGCUCCGGCGGUGACUCACACCUACCAUGUCGAGUUCAAGGAAGAAGGCUUCACCAUCUGCGAGGAGUUCUGGUUGGGCCAGGAGACGGAGAGACGGGCCUACGCCUACAGCACGCUGCUGGUCACGUACGUCCUCCCCCUGUCGGCCGUCUUCGUCUCCUACCUCUGCAUCACCGUCAAGCUGAAGAAGUGCGUCGUCCCUGGAAACAGGUCGCAAGACCAGGUGUGCGUCCACCAGGCCCGAAAGAGGAAGAUCUUCCGCCUCGUCGCUCUGCUGGUGUCCGCCUUCGCCGUUUGCUGGCUUCCCAUCCACGUGUUCAACGUCCUGCGAGACAUCGACAUCCACCUGAUAAACAAGCGGUACUUCCUGCUCAUCCAGCUGCUGUGCCACCUUUGCGCCAUGAGCUCUUCCUGCUGCAACCCCUUCCUCUACGCGUGGCUGCACGAUCGCUUCCGCGCGGAGCUGAGGAAGAUGAUGAAGAGCAGCCAUCGCAUUGGAGUCCCCGCCAGCCACUGCGCGGCCGGGGUGGUUUUGUAGCCUGCCUUGUUUGCUUAUUUGUAUUUCUGCGCAGAUGGGAACUUGACCAACGCUAUCCAUCAAGUGCAAGUGCAACCCAGCCACUGUCGAGCAGUAAAUAAUCUAUGCACAAACCAAAAGUCAAGCAAUGCGCUGCUGUUCCAUCCAUCUGAUGGAACUGCAAAAAUGACUGUAGCCUCAAAAAACAGUAGAAAAGACGUGAUUAUGUCAAAAAUCAUCAAGAUUUGUAUAUAUGAUGAAACUUAAGUUAUUUACUUGAGAGCAAUCAUUUGUAUUGUUCAUAUCAGCAGUAAGAAGAAUUAAUUUGUUGGUGAAACAAACUGUUUUAAAUCCAGGUUGUAUCCGAACCUGAGGUGGACCUCACUUAAAAUGUUUUAAUUGAGUUAAUGGCAGGGUCUCUAAUGAGUUAAUUGCAUUUUAAUUGAAAAAUACUGAGAAAAUAAGCAACAUUUUCAAUUCAAAACUCUGUUUUGUUGCUAAAGUAUUGAAUAAAUAAGCAUAUGAGAUCAAAAUCA